CUUGACGGCCCUCGUAGACAGCCCAAGAUGUCGAAGAUAGAUAAGCUUUCGAUUUUGGGUGUCCGCUCGUUCGACAAUACCCGCAGCGAGACUAUCCAAUUUCACACGCCGCUUACAUUGAUUGUUGGGUAUAAUGGAUCGGGAAAGACGACGAUUAUUGAAUGUCUCAAAUAUGCGACUACCGGUGAUCUUCCGCCGAAUAGCAAGGGUGGUGCAUUCAUCCAUGAUCCGAAGUUAUGCGGCGAAAAGGAGGUGCUGGCGCAGGUCAAGCUGUCCUUCAAAGCGACCUCGGGCGCCAAGAUGGUGGCGACGCGGAGUCUCCAGCUGACGGUGAAGAAGACCACGCGGCAGCAGAAGACGCUGGAGGGCCAGCUCCUGAUGGUCAAGGACGGCGAGCGGACGGCCAUCUCGUCGCGGGUGGCCGAGCUGGACCAGAUCCUGCCGCAGUACCUGGGCGUGUCGAAGGCGAUCCUCGACUCGGUCAUCUUCUGCCACCAGGACGAGAGCCUGUGGCCCAUGAGCGAGCCGUCGGUGCUCAAGAAGAAGUUCGACGAGAUCUUCGAGGCGAUGAAGUACACCAAGGCGAUCGACAACAUCAAGCAGCUCCGCAAGAAGCAGAACGAGGAGCUGGCCAAGUACAAGAUCAUGGAGCAGCACGCCAAGGAGGACAAGGAGAAGGCCGACCGCGCCGAGAAGCGCUCCAUCAAGCUGCAGGACGAGAUCGAGGCCCUGCGCGCCGAGACCCAGCGACUCUCCCAGGAGAUGCGCCGCGUUGCCGACCUGGCGGACAAGGCCUGGAAGGAGUCCGAGAGCUACUCCCAGAUCCUGGGCGCGCUGGAGGGCAAGCGCAUCGAGGCGAAGAGCAUCCAGACGACGCUCGAUAAUCUGCAAAGACAUCUGGUGGAGCUCGACGAUUCGGAUGAGUGGCUGGAGGCGAAUCUGGAGCAGUUCGAGACCAAGCAACUGCAGUACCAGCAGCAGGAGGAAUCGCAGAAGGAGAACUACAUGGAGAUCAAGGAGCAGAUCGAGAACGCGCGGCAGAAGCUGGGUCUCAAGCAGGCCGAGUACGGGAAGUUCGAAAAUGACAAGGCGAACUUCGAGCGCCAGGUCGAGAGGCGACAGCGCAUGACCAGAGAGAUUGCGCGGAGCCACAGCAUCCGCGGGUUCGACAACGUGGCGGACCAGGCAGAUGUCGACGAGUUCAUGCGGAGAAUUAGGAAGAUCCUCAAAGAGCAGAACCAGGUGCUGGAGCGAGUCAAGCGGGAGGCACAAAGCGAGCUGCGUGAGGCGCAAAGCUCCCUGAAUCAGCUUGGACAACGUAAAUCGGCACUGCAGGAAAGUAAGAUCGCGGCCAAGCGACAGAUGGCUCUGAACGACCGAGAUGCGGCUUCCUAUCAAGCAAAACUCAAUGAGAUCAAUGUCGAUGAGGGCGUGCAGGCUGCGCUGGAGACGAACAUUGAAGACAUCAGUUCUCGCUUGGAUCAGGCCAAGGAACGCUCACGAUCCGCUUCGUGGGAUAAAGAGAUCCAGAACAUCAACUCGGAGAUACGCAGUCUCGAGGACGAAAGCUCCCGCCUGAACACCGAACUCAUCGAGGCCACUAAGAAGGCUGGUGAUCUCGCCCGGUUGGACCACCUUAAGAAGGAACUGAAGGAAAGGGAGCGCAGUCUGGAAACCAUGAAAGGGGCUCAUGGCGAACGACUCUCCAAAUACGUUAAACCCACUUGGAGCACCGAAACCCUGGAGCAAGACUUUCACCAUGUUCUAGAAGAAGAGUCAAGACACGUCUCGAAGGCGGAGCGUGAACGCGACGGCGUCAGCCGCGAGCUGGAACAAGUAGAGUUCAAGCUGAAAGAAGCGAAGAAAGCCUUGGGUCAGCGGCAGAAAGAACUCAAGGAGAGCGUCACAGAAAUCCGUGAAGCCAUUGGCGAAGAACCCGAGGAAUAUCUUGAGAUCGUCAAAGAGCGGCAGAUCCAGCUUGAUCUUGCGCGCAAAGAUACGGAGCAGUUUGCUGGCAUCAGCACGUACAUGAAAGACUGUCUUGCCACGGCAAAGUCAACGAAGGUUUGCCGGCUGUGCCAGCGAGGUUUCGAAGCAGACAGACAAUUGCAGAUCUUCAUCAAUAAACUUGAGGGCUUGGUCAAGAGGAACCAACGCAAUGCUGAAGACGAGGAUAUCCGACAGUUGGAGGAGGACCUCAACACCGCGCGAGAAGCUAUCACGGCCUACAACACGUGGACACGAUUGAAGGACACAGAAAUCCCGAGUCUGGAGAAGGAAGAGGAGCAAUACGUUCUCCAACAGGACAAGCUCCUCAAUCAAUUAGAAGAACACGACCAGAUCCUCGGCGAGAAGACCGAGAAGAAGAAAGAGGUCGAAGCACUUUCCAAAACUGUCAGCACUAUCGUCAAGUAUGACAGCGAGAUCAAAUCUAUUCGCUCUCAGAUACAAGAACUCUCUUCAAAGCAAGAUGACAACACUGGUUCACGCACCCUGGAGGAUAUUCAGGAAGAAAUUGCUGGGAUUGGCGAGCGGUCCCGCGCUCUGAAGAAGACAUUGUCAAAAGUCACCCAUGACAAGGAGCAGGCGUUAGCGGAGAUCAACAAUCUGGAAUUGCAGCUCAGAGAUGCUAGGAGCAACCUGGAUAACGCCAAGUUCCAGCUCGAACGGAAGGCAGAUCUUCUCACUCGCCUGGCAGAGUUCAAGAACCUCAACAACGAACAGCGUGCCGCGAUCGCGAAGGCGGACAAGGACAUUGAGGAUCUCACUCCUGAACUACUCAAGAUCCAAGCCCAGGUUGAUGACAUCAGUCAACGCGCCGACGCUCGCGAGAGGGAGUUGCAGCAGGGGAUUUCCCAGCUGUCCGAUAGCGUACAUCAGCUGGAAAUCGCAAACGAGGAGAUAGAAGCCUACAACGAGCGAGGAGGUCCCACUCAACUCGAGCGAAGCAAACGAGAACUCCAGACCAUUGAGAACGAGAUCAGCGAGCUUGAAUCCGAACAGGCCACGAUCACGAAAGAGAUCAACCGGAUCUCAGCCCAGCUCAAAGACAGCGAAAACACCAAGCGCCAAUACGCCGACAACCUGACGUACCGCCAGGCGACCCGGGCCCUGGACAAAGUCAAUGCGGAGAUCGAGCAACUCGCCGCGCAGAACGCCGAGGUCGACCGCAGCCGCUUCAAGGAGGAAUCGGAGCGCCGCACGCGCGAGCACAACGCCCUGGCCGCCAAGCAAGCGAGCAAGAUGGGCGAGAUGAAGUCCAAGGACGACCAGCUGAUGCAGCUGCUCGCCGACUGGGACACGGACUACAAGAACGCGGCCAGCAAGUACAAGGAGGCGCACAUCAAGGUGGAGACAACGCGCGCGGCGGUCGACGACCUGGCGCGCUAUGGCGGCGCCCUCGACAAGGCCAUCAUGAAGUACCACGGCCUGAAGAUGGAGGAGAUCAACGCCAUCGUCGGCGAGCUCUGGCAGAAGACCUAUCGCGGCACGGACGUCGACACCAUCCUCAUCCGCUCCGACAACGAGAACGCCAAGGGCAACCGCUCGUACAACUACCGCGUCUGCAUGGUCAAGCAGGGCGCCGAGAUGGACAUGCGCGGCCGCUGCAGCGCCGGCCAGAAGGUGCUGGCUAGCAUCAUCAUCCGCCUCGCCCUGGCCGAGUGCUUCGGCGUCAACUGCGGCCUCAUCGCCCUCGACGAGCCCACCACCAACCUCGACCGCGACAACAUCCGCUCGCUGGCCGAGUCCCUCCACGACAUCAUCCGCACGCGCCAGCAGCAGGCCAACUUCCAGCUGAUCGUUAUCACCCACGACGAAGAGUUCCUGCGCCACAUGCAGUGCGGCGAUUUCAGUGAUUACUAUUACCGGGUUUCGCGGAACGAGCGCCAGAAGUCCAUUAUUGAGCGCCAGUCGAUCGCUGAGGUUAUGUGAUUGUGACUUUAUGUCGCUGGUUGCCUGUGGGCAGAUUCGGGGCUCUUAUGCAUGGCAUGGUUUUUACGAGGAUAGGGGAUGUUCUUCCAAUCGAGGAUCAAAAGUGGUACAGUCCACAUUAGCUUACUUCAUGUA